CAGUAGCGGUGUACGGCUCUCUCGCUUUCUCUCUCUCUCUCUCUCUCUCUCUCUCUCUCACACACACCCAGACUCGCUCUCCUUUGCACUUUUGGUCGCGUGCGCCCACGCAUAGCCACCGCGCUGUUAAUAUUGCCCCAAUAAUUCAUCGACGUCCUCCUUCUGUCUCUUUCUCUCUCGCUCGCGGUCUCACCCUCUAUAUUCGUAAUCGCGCUUGUGUACUCGCCGGGCCGGGCUCUGGGGCGACCGGAAUCGAUCUCUAACCGAAAAAUCCACCGGAUCUCCGAUGAGCUUUUAAUUCGCAAUCUCCCAUUUCUGUUUAGAUCCGAAUGGGGUUAUAAAUUUUUUUUUUAUUGCUCGGAUCGAAGCUUUUGGGUAAUGCGCGUGGAAAUCAGUGUAGUUUUGGUGCAAAAUUGGGAAAGGAAUCUGUGGGUUUGGAGAGAUUUGUGAGAGGAAUCAGCGAUGUGGGGAAAUGGUGCUAAUUGAGGCAAGUUUGGGUGAGCUUUAGGUUGGAUUUGGAUCUUUCUCUAUUAGGACAUUCUCGCGGUUCCAAGUUUGGUUGUGAAUUUAGGGUUUCUUUUUGUUUCUCUUUCUGUUUCCAAUUCUUGAUCCUAGUACAUUAAGAGAAUUGGAUGAAAACGCAUCCUAUUGCAUGGGGGGAAGAGAAGCGAGAUGUGCAGGAUAGAGAGGAAGAGUGAAAGGAAGAGUUGUGAAUAUAAGGAGGAGGAGAGGAGCGAGAUGGGUUUGAAGGCAAUGGGUGAGAGUAGGGUUGAGAAGCUGAAGAGCUCGAUGUCGAGGUCGAGGAUGAAGCUGUGGAUGAUACGCGCCACUACGUCGGUUUUGCUCUGGACCUGCGUUGUGCAGUUGACGGCGUUGGGGGAUAUGUGGGGGCCUAGGGUCUUGAAGGGCUGGCCCUCUUGUUUCUCCGGGGACUCCUCCGUCAAUAAUGCCCUCAGCGUCCCGUUUGUUCCGCUGCGUGUUCUUCCACCCAAAAGGGUUUAUAAGAACAAUGGCUACCUGAUGGUCUCAUGCAAUGGAGGACUCAAUCAAAUGAGAGCAGCGAUUUGUGACAUGGUUGCUAUUGCUAGAUAUUUAAAUGUCACACUUAUAGUGCCUGAGCUGGAUAAAACCUCCUUUUGGGCUGAUCCCAGUGAGUUCCAAGACAUAUUUGAUGUGGAUCAUUUCAUUACUUCCUUGAGAGAUGAAGUUCGAAUAUUGAAAGAAUUGCCUCCUAGGCUCAAGAGGAAAGUGGAAUUAGGAACUGUUUAUUCCAUGCCUCCAAUCAGUUGGUCGGACAUAUCUUACUAUCAUUAUCAGAUUCUUCCACUGAUACAGAAGCACAAGGUUGUACAUCUAAAUAGAACUGAUGCUCGACUUGCCAAUAAUGGCCAACCUUUGGAGAUUCAGAAGCUGCGUUGUAGAGUGAAUUUUAGUGCUCUGAGGUUCACUUCUCAGAUAGAGGAGUUGGGUAAAAGGGUUAUCAAGCUUUUAAGGAAAAAUGGUCCUUUCUUAGUACUUCAUCUUAGAUAUGAAAUGGACAUGUUGGCAUUUUCUGGCUGUACUCAAGGUUGCAACAAUGAGGAGGUGGAGGAGUUGACAAGAAUGAGGUAUGCUUAUCCGUGGUGGAAAGAGAAAAUAAUAAAUUCUGACUUGAAAAGGAAAGAUGGCUUGUGCCCUUUGACACCUGAGGAAACUGCUCUUACUCUGAGGGCGCUGGACAUUGAUCCUAGCUUCCAGAUUUAUAUUGCAGCUGGUGAAAUAUAUGGUGGAGAAAGGAGAAUGGCAAGUCUUGCAAAGGCUUAUCCAAAAUUGGUCAGAAAGGAGAUUCUGUUGGAAUCGUCUGACCUUAGGUUUUUUCAAAAUCACUCGUCCCAGAUGGCUGCAUUGGAUUAUCUAGUGUCACUGGAGAGUGAUAUUUUUGUUCCUACAUAUGAUGGAAACAUGGCAAAAGUUGUUGAAGGCCACCGCAGAUUUCUUGGGUUCAAGAAGACAAUUUUAUUGGACAGAGGACUUCUGGUCGGCUUGAUAGAUCAGUACAAUAGUGGAUCACUGAGCUGGGAUGAGUUCUCAUCAGCAGUGAAGGAAACUCAUGCAUUUCGCAUGGGGAGCCCGAGUAGAAGGUUGGUGAUCCCAGACAGACCUAAAGAGGAGGAUUAUUUCUAUGCCAACCCAGAAGAGUGCUUGCCACCAUUAGAUGAAUCAUGGAGUAGUACGUGACCAUUAUGUUUGGAAACUGUGACAUUCAUCAGUGUUUUCCUACAGUGCUAGCUUUUCUGCCAUAGAUCUUCAGAUACUUUUUCUACACGGAGGUACAAUGAUAAUGAAGGAUUUUGCUCUGAAGAGGAGGUGAUCAUGAAGGUUAUAGGGAGUGGUAAAAACUUAAAGAAAGCCUGAGAGGAUCUACGGAAAGAGCUGGGGGACAUCGUUAUCUUUUUCUAUAUGCCAAUAAUCCAUCCAAUUCAUGUAUAGAAGCUACCCUGCCAUUACAGGGUGAGAGCAGAUUGAUCUGCAUUGUACACCGGGGGGAUGCAAAUAUAGAUAUGGUUUACGCAAUGUGGAUUCAUGGAAGGUUAAUUCGUUGGUCUUCCAUUUUGUGGUCUUCUCAUUUUCUCUAAGCAUAUAUUACAUUCUAAUUUUAUCUCUA